GUUAAGAAAGCGGUUGUGGCGUUGUGGGCUAAACAUCGUAACGCUGGCGACUUUGUUCACAACGCCGCGAAGCAGAGGACGCAACAGAGGUUUCAAAAGUGUUUUUUGAUUAAAAUACGAAAUUCCCGACUCAAAGUGGUUAUUCGGAGGUUCGAGAUUACCAGCAGUGCAACAACGGAAUACGUUUAAUGAACAUAUAACAAGAAGUUUUUGAAUAUUUGUGCGAUAUCGUCGAGAUGUCAAGCCCUAGGAGUAUCGGUGGUUCGGUUCGCGAGGGUACCCGGGUUGUGCUUCGUGAAAUCACUGCAUCUCUCCACAAUUCGCCGCCGGCGCCAUCGUCUUGUUUCAAGAACGGCAACGACAGUUCGCUACAGAAGACAGCAGAGCAUGAGGUGAAGGUCCGAUUCGCUCGGGAGUUCGCCGACGUCGGAUCGAUCGGCUAUACGGUCCCGGAGUCUCUGUCCUCGUCGAGCAGUUUCCAAAGUCUCAGCAGCACAGUCAGCACCAAAAGCAGCAGCGGCAUAUGCCUGGACUCGGCGCACCAGACGCCGGACCAGAUAUCGGAUAUCUCCUACUUGAAUUCCAGUAUACCCGGUGUUGACGAGCUGAUCCUUGGCUGCGGUAACAUAAGGUUAAACUCCGAGGAGGACUCGAUCGACUGUAUUCAGGAUCUCAGCCAGGAUCAAACGUUCGCGUCCGCCACCGACGAGCCUAUCACUGAGCUGAUCGAGGAUCUGAACAACAGCAGCUCGUUGUUGGCUGACUCUUGCAACGACGCCCAAGAGACCAGCCUCUAUUUGACACAGAAUCGCACACAGGAUCCGCAGGAUCGACCCAUUCUGAUAAUUCCUCUGACGCAGACAGAAGAACCAAUCGAGAAUUCGGAUUCUUGUAAUGGUAACGAUCACGUGACCGCCAAUUCGCAAAGCUGCGGUUUCGACAACGUCGAAGAACUUCCACUGCCAUCGCAUAGCGCUCCUCUGACACAGACAGAAGAACCGAUCGAGAAAUCGGAAUCUUGUAACGGGAAUGAUGACUUGACCGCCUACUCGGAAACCUGUAGUCUCGACAACGUCAAAGAACUUCCGCCACCGUCGCAUAGCAUUCUGACACAGACAGAAGAACCGCGCGAGAAAUCGAAUUCUUGUAGCGGGAACGAUGACUUGACCGUCGACUCACAAUCCAGCAACUUCGAUAACGUCGAAGAACUUCCCCUAACGUCGCAUAGCACAGAAGGGUCUAAUUUGAAUAUUACGCAGUGUUUAUCGCCCGGCAGAGUGAGUCCAGAUGCGCCUAGAAUCGAAGAAGAAAUCGUAGAGGAUAUUCAAGCUCAGAUUGUAGUUGAGGAUAUCCAAGCCCAGAUCGUCGUUGAGGAUACCCAAGCCCAGAUUGUCGUUGAGGAUAUCCAAGCCCAGAUUGUCGAUGAGGAUAUCCAAGCCCCGAUUGCCGUUGAGGAUAUCCAAGCCCAGGUUGUAAUCGAAGAUAUCCAAGCCCAGGUUGUAAUCGAAGAUAUCCAAGCCCAGGUUGUAAUCGAGGAUAUCCAAGCCCAGACUGAAUUUAUAGCUGUAAAUAAUGUACCAUGCUCCAUAACAGACUCUGUAACCUCGGUGUCCCCAUUCACAGAACAUACAGAAGACUUAUCGUUGCCUAGUAUACCGACUCUGUCAUCGUUGCAGUUGACAGAUUCUUCGCGAUUGUGCGUAAACGAAGUCCAUGAAGUUAGUGAUAUUGAACAUCCUCCCUUACCUAGUUCGUUGCCAUCUGUAGAUGACAAAGCAUCGGUUGAACUUACUUCGAACUUAAGUGACACAAGUACUGAAGUAAAAGAGGAAUUCGCGAAGACAGAUGCGACCGAUUCGCUGAAAGAAACAGGGGAUGAAAACGAAGAGAAAUCUUCUGAUGAUAAGUUAGAUACGACUUUAACCUUUGAGGAUGCAUUAUUAGAUCCGGAGACUGUGCCGGAAGAGGAACAGUAUAAGGAUUUCAAACCUCAGAGACAGAGCACCACUUUAGUAUUGCCUAGUAUCGAACAACCGAACUUCGAUGAACUAAAGUCGGCUGCCGAGGAAGUUUCAAAUGAUAUUUUCAAGUCCUCGUUUGAAUUUCCAGAAGAAAGUGGCAAUUUCGUUACCGCAACAUCCGAUAUAUUCCAAGAUCCAACGAGUUUCGACUUUCUGACAGCCUGCGGUAAUUCCAAAACCAUAAACCGUCUUAGAACGGAAUCGUUGUAUGUAAACUUUGACCCAUUGGUGGGGGACACCAUCAGUAUGCUGCCCCAAGGGAACACAGAACCAAUCAAUGAAGAAGAACAAAAUGGAAAAACCGAGAGCCCACCGCCAAUUAUUGGCACUCCGAAACGUAAUCCUGCUAUAGCGGCUAUAGACAGGCUAUUAUUUUUCAGUCCUAUCACUACAAACAUGACACCGAAAAUGGAAGAACCUAAAGAGAAAAUUGAACAGCCUGCGGAUGAACCAAAGUCAGAUACUCCGUUCAUUAACGGUGUUAAUAUGAGCAAGGAGUUAGAAUUAGUGAGAACAACUGUAUUGCAAUUAGAAGAAGAAUUGGAGAAACAGAAGAAGGAGCACAAGACAGAAUUAGAAAGGCAGAAAAACUCUUUUCAAGAGGAGAUUAAUCAAUUACAGGCACAAAUAGCGCAAGAGAUAAAGAGUAAAUCUCAGAUAACGGUCGUGAUCGAAGAAUAUGAGAAAUCGAUUAGCCGAUUGCUUACGGAGAAAACGAAAUUACAAGAAGAAUUACAAGCCACGAAUGUUCAUUUAUCAAAUACCGAGGCUGCGUUCAACGAUGUUCACCAGAAAUACGAAAAGGUGAAAGCAGUCGUAUCGGUAUACAAAACUAAUGAGUUAGUAUUAAGAGAAAGUAUCCAAGAAAAUAUGGACACCAUAAAGUGCUUGCAAACGCGGUACGAUAAUUUGAAAGUCCAUGCUACGUCUCAACUCGAAAAGGCUAAUUCUGAUUUGGAGAACAUAAGGAAACAACACGAAGAUGAAAUAGUUAAGCUUCACGCCUUGUUACGAAAAGCAGAGCUUAAAAGUAAUUCAUUGGCCCAACAGGUGGAGCAAAAGACUAGAGAAAACAAAGAACUGGCACAAAUAUUGGAUGAGGUGAUCGCUCGAGUAGGUCAACAGAAUGCGGAAUAAAAAUGCGAAUUAAUAAACACAAGUAUCGCGACUGCAGAACGCGAUUAGUCGUUAUUUUUUUAUAAAGAAAAUGACAUGAAUGAUGUAUAUAUAUUAUUUUUACGUUUACGUUACAAAUUUCGUUUUUGUUUCAAAGUAGCACCUUUUAUUUUAAUAAUUAUUUAUACGUUGUGACAUAUAUAUAUAUAUAUACUAUUUUACCGCUAAUAAAAAAUUAGGCACAUAUAAAAUAACCUUUCUCAUUCAUAUUUAUGCAGUAAAAAAUGUCUUAAUACUCCUUAAACAUCACUCUAUUUUUACAGUCACACACGUUGCAUGUUAAAGUGUUAUCACAUGCUCUAGUUAUAAUACAUUUCAAGUAUAUCUCA